AUUAAAUGCCAUAGCUACACCAGGCAGUUAAUCCACGCACCCACCCCUCAACCCCCUAAACCCCCCUCCAUUCUCAUGGACUUUCUCAUUCUCCCUUCCCAAUGUACACCACCACUCCCUCCUCCGUUCACCACCCCCAACAACCACCACCACCUAUAACCACCACCCCACCCACCCUUUCUCAAAAUAUCAGCACCAUAGGCCUUGGCUACGCAAUUGCCAUAGCUCUCGGCUUCGUUGUUCUUCUCUCAACUAUCCUCCUUGCUUCUUACAUCUGCUGCCGCUCCGCCGCCGCUCGCCGCCGCCGCCGUCAAAUUCAAGAGAAUUCACAAAACCCUAACAACACCGAAAACGGAAUUUACCUUCCUCGUAUCAUAUUCGUAGCAGAAGACGAUGAAAACGAUGACGGGGCAUCACAAAAUUCAACGUUGGGACUUGAUCAAGUCGUGAUAAACUCGUACCCGAAAUUGGUUUACUCGAAAAGAAAUGGGGGAAAUGGGAACGAUGUUGUUUGUCCGAUAUGUUUGUGUGAUUAUAAGGAUGGAGAGAUGUUAAGGAUGAUGCCGGAUUGUAAGCAUUAUUUUCAUGUUAUGUGUUUAGACGCGUGGCUGAAAUUGAAUGCUUCGUGUCCUGUUUGUCGGAAUUCGCCGUUACCAACGCCCUUAUCUACGCCCUUAUCGGAAGUGGUCCCUCUUUCUCAGUACUCUGAUGGACGGCGAAGAGUAUGAUUUUUGGUAAUUUGGAGGUGUAAAGUUUUAGUUAGGUCACCUUUUGGAGUUUAAAUUUUUCAUUUUUGCUGUUAGGGUUAAAUCAUUUCGUCGUGGUAGGAGUGAUUUUGGCGUUGUGAUUUUUGUCAUUAUUUUUUGUUCAUUACACAGAAUGGAUGAUUGACAGUAUCAAGCAAAACAGUAUGAGU